CCGACGUCACUGCGCCUCGCUCCGCCCUCGGCCGAUGGCGGGAAUCUUCUUGGGGUCGAUCCGAGCGUCGCGCCUCCUGGGCUCUCGAGGAAGCUACCGGCCUGUCACGCCAUGGCGGGCGCCCUGACGGGAGUCACGCUGCCCGCUGUCGUCGAGGAACUCCUGAGCGAGAUGGCCGCGGCGGUGCAGGAGGAGGCGCGAAUUCCUGAUGAACAUUUAUCAUCACUGAAGUUCAUCUUCGGCCCAUCAGCCAUCCAGGCCUUGGACCUCGUGGACCGACAGUCCAUCACCUUAAUCUCAUCGCCCAGUGGGAGGCGUGUUUACCAGGUACUUGGAAGUUCUGGUGAAACAUACACAUGUCUGGCUUCUUGUCAUUACUGUUCAUGUCCUGCCUUUGCCUUCUCAGUGCUGCGGAAGAGUGACAGCCUACUGUGCAAGCAUCUCCUGGCAGUUUAUGUCAGUCAGGUAAUGAGGACCUGUCGACAGCUGAAGGUCUCUGACAAGCAACUGACUGACAUAUUAUUCACAAAGAAGAAACAAAUGUAGAAGGUAUAGACAGCAUUGUUAUCUUUCAAUAUAGAAGUCCUACCCAGAAACACCUUUAACCCACCAAGGUUCACGUGGAAAAGAGAUGAAAUAGAUCUUCUGGAGACGUCUUGUCACUGUUUCUUUGCCCUCCUAGACAAGAGACCAUGAGUUUAAAGCCAGGACAUGGGUAUGGUUUGAAGCUCUACCAUUCUCCCAAAAAAUAUGAGCCCCGUGUGUAAAUUUCCUGGAUGGAAUCAAGCAUUUUAGGCUCAAUCAAAACCCAGUAUCAUGUCCUGUCUGCAGCUGGUCAGAUUCUUAAACUACUGAAGUACUAGUAAUUUUUAAGAGGUUGGAAUGGUAGACAAAACUGGUCAGAUGAAGUUUAGAUGAGUGUUACUUCCUUUCUUGGGAUCCAGGAAGUUACUCUGCAGCAGUAAAAGAUCAGAGCAGAGAUGCGGCUGACCAGCAAGUAUAAAAAAGACUGAGGGAUUCUGGUUGCAGAGAGCUUUGGCUUAUCUGUGGUGUUGGUGCCAGAAAAGCUUACAUAGGUUGUAUUGUUAGAAAGGUAGUGUCUAAAAAAAAAAAAAGAAAAAAAUUUAAAAAAGAAAGAAAAGUAGUGUCUAAAACAAGGAAAGGGGUGGUUUUGCUCUGCAUGCAACAUGGAGCUUUAUAACAAGCCAAAUGAAGGAAGCGACUAAGCAUCAUGCCCUCAAGAAGGCAAAGAAACUACUUUCCAGGGAUUUCCAGUCUGAAGAAGAAAAAUCCCAAGAGGAAUAUUUUCAAAGGGAGGGAGAUGGGACUCGGUUGGACCCAGGAAGAGUGAAGGAGCCAUGACGGUGACAAUGAGACCGCGUUCAGCCCAGGAGAACUUCUCAGUAAAUAAAGUUAUUUACAGCUGGAAUAGGAGCCAGGGAGUCCAGGAAUGCUCUGGGCCCCACGGGGGCUCAUAAAUCUGCAGCGUCCUUGUCCUUGCAGGGAUACUGCAAAAGGAAAUGCAGCAGCAAACAGACAAGACAGACUUUACAGCCCAGGAAACGUCCAUCCUUGUGCCCCCAGAAACCUAGGGUUGCUGGUAUAUGAACACCAUAUGGAAAGGGCACAGGUGAGGCAGUGUUCCCUGGUGGGCCAAGCCUUGUGCAGCAGCCAUAAUAUCAAGACUUGACUUCUUGGGGAAACUUGAGCUGGGUAUAAACUUCUCUUUUGAAGUGGCAUUCAGAAUAAAGAAGAGAAGGUAGAUUCAGCAUCCUAAGCUGGUUGGUUUUCAAGUUUUACUUUAUUUCACCUAAUAGAUAUACACAGUUGUAUGAUUUUGACUUAUUAAAAUUUUCACACUUGGGCUCCAGCAACUUGGCCAAAUUUAAGCUUCGUAGAGAAAUGAACUUCACUACCUAACUGUAGAUGGGGCUGUGCAGUCUGGUAGAAGAGGGACCCCAUUUCCCCAAUUUCUUCCUCUGGAGUAGUUUGCAGUACAUGGAAAAGAACGUUACCAAAACUGUUACCUGAUUAUAUUCUACUUAAGAACUUACAAGAGUACCAUUUCCCCAAAUAAAUAUAGCAGUUUCUUGACUGAAGAAUUACACUUUUAAUUUUCCUGGUCACCUUCCUAGGAACAAGUAUACAUUUUUAGUAUGUUCAACUUUUAUUCUUUCACUGCCUCUAAGUUAAAAAAAAAACAUUUGUAUUAUAAUAGUUUACAGUGUUUCACAGUAAAAUAUUUCAUUUUCUACCAUGAAAGAGGCAGGCUCUUAAAGCAAAACAGUCUUUUACAAUCCACUCAGGCCAUCAGCAUCAUCCACACAGAGCAGCCAGAAAAAAAAAAAACAUAAAUAUAUUUGUGAGCCUUUGGAACCGACUAA